GCUUCUGGGCUGUUCUCUUGCACCUUUCUGCAAUCGUCGGGUCUUGGAGUCACGAGGCCGCCUUGACGCCACUUCGUCCUUGAGCAUGUCAGCACCUCUGGACGCUGGCGGGCAUCACCUGGAGACAACACCGCUCUCUCUUCCCCUCGCGCCGAGACUGAUCUGACAACCUUCCUGAGCCGCUGUCGGAAGCUUUCAUGUAAUAGUCUAUGGACCCUCGAGCCGUGAGCGUCGGCAGCCAUCACCAUGCUCGCCGCCAGGACUCACACAACUCUCAUCGCCACUCACGUGCCGAGACCCAGCAUGUCUCUUUCAGAGGCCAAGUUGCCAUCGAGAUGGAGCGACACGAUACGGUGUACGCCAACCAGCUAAUAGCCACAUCCCGCGAGUGUGCCUGGCAAGACGAUUCAGGAACCACCGUGCUACGCCACGUUUUCAAAGAGUCCAUGAACAGGUAUCACCCUUGGAGGCAUGUAGGACAGCAUAGUCCCCGUACCGUGGCGUUCGAUCACAGUGAGAUGCUAGGUUGUGAGGCUCAUUGCUGCAUUUCGACUCAUCAGCCUCACCUCAAGACUAUGCCGACCUACGUCUUCUCGGAACCAGACGAUUACGCAUCAUUCCAGAGCCUCUUACGAGGGACGCAAUUCUUGCGCGACUACGAUACCUUAUCGAUCAAAUGCAAAGCAACCGAGGCGCAGGCCAGCAAGAACCAUUGUGUUAAAUCGUGGCAGUCAUUUGAAGACCCUUCGCAGCGAGGCUUGAGCAUCCCGCUCACAGUCAGAUCACAGAAAGGCUUCAAGCUGAAGCAUGUUGAGGUGUCUAUUCGCUGGCUCAACUGGGAGAAGCAAGAUGCCAAAGCCGUCAAGCUUGACUUUCGGCAAAACAAGAAGCGGAGUUCGGUCACUGGGUCUGCCAAUUUCACCGCUCCCCGUCGCUCGACUCUGGGAUUCUCGCGAGGAUACUCCUGGAGCAAACAGACGUCCACUGCUCAGCCUGCAUUUCAGAGUCAAGAACGAGAUGACGGGCUCGCUCCCUCUGAGAUCGCACAGAGGUGGCAAUCAUUCGUGAUCGAGUUCUCAGACAAGAAGACACGAGAUGAAUUCUGCAACGAUCAUUGCAAUUUUCCGCGAGCUGGUGGUCUCGAUGCUAGACCCAGUUCGCUGCUCUCAUCUGCUUCCAGCAUGGAGCCUGAACUCAGUGAGCUGUCUCUGCCAUCGCCUGCAAUUUCUGUGCCCUCCUUUACAUUCAGUGGACAUACGCCAAGCACUAUGGCACAACUUCCGACUCCUCAAAUCAGCGCGUACUCGCCAAAAAGCAAAGCUUGGAACAGCGAAAUGCUGCCACUGCUUCCCAGCCCCGUGGCGCACGAUUAUCUGCGCGUCGGUGGGCCAAAAUCGAUUCCCCGCGUGAUCAGCACUUCAUUGAACUCUCCUAAUCCUGCCGCACUAUUCCACAGGAAGCUGUCGAGGACGGACGAGUUCCGCAUCUUGCGGAUAGCGAGAGGACGAGGAACUUCGCUCUGCUGUUUCCUGGAUCACCACACCUUAGCUUCCCCGCCCAAGUACGAAGCAAUGUCAUACUGUUGGGGUGUAGAAAAGGCUUCGAGAACGAUCACGAGCGGUGAUCUGGAAGGCUUUCCGAUAUCUGAGCAUUUGUGGCGAGCUCUGAACAGGCUGCGAAUGCCCCAUCAGGACCGACUGAUAUGGAUCGAUGCACUAUGCAUUAAUCAGCUCGAUGUCGAUGAGCGCAACCAGCAGAUUGCUCUGAUGCGGAGAAUUUAUUCUACGGCACUCAGGACUGUCAUAUGGAUCGGAGAUCUGCAGCCAGAACGACCCACGUGCUCGCGCGGCUUUGCCGAUGAGGGCGACGCUGAUCUGACGCUGUGUGUUCAUCCUGGACUUGCAGAGAUCGAGCAUGAGAAUGCCGUCGAGGACUUGCGCCUGGAUUUACAGCAUCUGCAAAAGCACAGCGACACAGAUGAAGGUGCUGAUGUAUGGUGGCGAAGGCUAUGGUGUGCACAGGAGGUUCAUUUCUCGAAACGCCCGCCUUCUGUCUACAUCGGCCCUCAUGCCGUCAAGUGGGCGCAUUUCUGCUCGCUGUUUGAUAGUGCCAGCCAUGCGCUCGCUCCAUUUCUCAGCCUUCAGCACACUGUCCCGGACUCUUUCAGUCAAUUGGUGUUGAUGACUGGUGCUCUGCACUGUUCAGAUCCCAGGGACCGUGUGUUUGCACUGCUCGGGAUGGCGCAUCGUGCCGCACAAGCUCUCAAGCCCGACUACCGCAAAAGCAUCAUCAGCAUCAUCGAAGAUGCCUGCCUCUAUCUGAUCCAGGAAUCUGGCACUGUCGAUGUGCUGCUGGACGAACGCAUCACUCGAUCAAUCUAUGGCAGGGAAGAGCUGCAUGACGUUAUCCCAUCAUGGAUCCCAGAUCUAACUUGUCUACUUGGCAUGGGAACUAUACUCGACGGUCACAAGAACAACGCAGGACUGCUUCACGAUCAGCCGCCACAAAUUCCCAUUGUUGGACUGUCAGAAGCCCAGCCACCACUUUUCUCCGUCGAUGCAGAGUACGAUUUGCCGAGAACGUUAAGUUGUCGCGGCGUUUAUUUCGACACCAUCGAGAGGCGAACAACAGUUGCUGAUAUCCCUCUGUACGAGCAGUCUCCCGAUGGAUCACUGAUAUACAAUUCUCUAAAAGAACGAGGUCAUAUUAUUGACGAAAUACUGAACAAAUUGAAGUACGACUUCGGCGAGCACAAACGGCAGAGCAAGCACGGACUGGAUGUCAACCCAAGCGUUGGACGUCUCAUGUUGGACUACCUUCUCGAGGGCCGACGAAGCUAUGUCGAAGAUCUAGAACGCAGGACCAAGCCACCAGAGCGGGACGUGGUGACUUCCUACGAGCGCCAAGAAGACGAUGAUCUCGCGUAUUUGCAACACGAAAGCAGGCAUCGUGAUGUCAGAAGAGACGUCGAGUACGUCCGAGAGCGCUGGAGGUUGAAGAUCUUGCGCGCAGAGGCGAAUGAGCGCUUCGUGCCAGAACGUAUCGCGCCAGCACUUGCCAGUGGAAACGUCAAAAUUGAGCAAGAUUUUCUUGUUGCCCGUGAUCUCGGCAACCUGUUCGCAUAUGCUCGGCGAACGAAAAACAGAUAUUACCUGAACACUGCCAACUCCGAAGCGCCGAUGCGACGAGACGUGUUGAAUUGUGCUAGCAUCGCGGAGGUGAAACGGCUACGCACGCAGUAUGAUUCUCAGGCGCAGGAUUUAGAGCUUCAUCAGUACAACGCCAAGUGUCGCGAGCGGGACUUUUUCAAGACGAAGAUGGGAUUUUUGGGCUUGGGUCCUUCUUGUUUACAGGAAGGCGAUGAGGUUGUAAUUCUUUUGGGUGCGAGUCGGCCAUUUAUCCUUAGGAAGGAUCUGGUGUCGGGAUCACAUUACACUUUUGUAGGAGAGGCGGUUGUGCCUAGUAUUAUGUCGGGAAAGUGGACGAGGUUGGAGAAGGAGUCGUGGACAGAUUUUAGAAUCAAGUGAAGACUUGUCGUCGUGAAGAAAUGAUCGAAUUCUGGCGAUUAUUGAUAAUUGUCAUGGUCCUGUU